UCCCAAAAUAUUGACGAUUUCCGUUUGAGAUACAGUUAACUGAAGUGCUCCUUGAACAAUAGGACAUCUGGAAGGGGUUAGAGAGAGACAGAGAUGUCUUUACAUGGUCAGGGGUGACUUUACUGUAUGGACUAGUAAGAAGAAACAAAAAAGGCGUCUAGACUUUUGACAAGUUUUCAAUCUCUGCAACACAGGUGUAACUUUUUCUCAAGCCCUGGACAGGCGUGAGGGUGGCAUCACGGCGCAACAAUUUGGGGUUACCGUUGAUUGUCUUGCACAUAAAUGCUCCUUCCAACAUAACUAAAAUGACUUAAGAAAAAAAAAAAAAAUGAAUGAUUGAAAACAGCGAGUCUCACAACCACAUUACCAACGCGCAGAACCGGGAUACAAUGACUGACAGCAUUAAUUCAAACAACUCCGCCUUGCAGUGCAAUUUUGAAAACUGUUCCAAAUCCAACGAGUACGAGACCUACCUCUUCCCCACUUUCUAUGGGAUCAUCUUCUCAGUGGGGCUGGUGGGGAACCUGAUCAGCUUGGGGGUGAUCGUGCAGCUCCUGAGGAACCGCAACGUCCUGGGAGUCUACCUGCUGAACCUCUGCAUCUCCGACCUUGUGUACAUCAGCACCCUCCCUGUGUGGGCUGCCUACACCCACGACCCUGAAGGCUGGACCUUCGGAAUAACUGCCUGCGACUUCGUCGGCUUCUUCUUCAGCACCAACGUCUACACCACCAUUGUGUUCCUCAGCUGCAUCUCCUCGGACCGAUUCCUAGCUGUGGUAUACCCGUUGCGUUCUAGAGGUCUCCGGACUAUGAAAGUGGCCAUCCUGGUGUGUGUGGUGGUUUGGCUGAUCAUUCUAGGCUCCCACUCGGUUCUCUUGAUCCACCAGGAACUCUUCGUAGAGGCCCAUGGCAUCAAGCUCUGCUACGAGAAGUAUCCCACGGAGCCCUGGUUGGCCCAGCUGAACUAUUUCCGUGUCUUCGUGGUCUUCCUCAUCCCAUUGGUCCUCUUGCUGGUAUCCUACAGCAUGACCAUCAAGGUGAUCCACCGGAGUUCUUCGCUGGAGGUGAGGAGGAAACGGAAGAUCACCGGGCUCCUGCUCAGCAUGAUAGUCAUCUUCGUGGUGUCCUACCUUCCCUACCACAUCAUCCUCUUGGUCCAGUCACACCUGAAUUAUUCUGAAGACUGCUCCUGCGAGGUGUAUUAUAGGGUCCGGACAGCCUACAGGAUCAUCUUUGCUUUCGCCAGCAUCUCUAGCGCCUUGGAUCCUAUUUUGAACAUUUUCAUCAGCAACAGCGUCAAGCAGGACAUCAUGAAAGACGUCGUCGCUAUCCAGCAUUGGGCAGCCAGGUUGUUCUCUUCGGACUGCCUGAAACCCCCAAGGAAAAACUUCUUGAAAACCGUAACAGCAAGAGUCAGCACGGACAACUACCUGAGGAACCACAGCCCCAUGGGUCUACAGGGGAAUGGACAGCUCAGUCAAAGUGCACCUUACCUGUCUUCAAGUUAAGUUUAUUUCUUCUUGUUAGCAUCGCUGGUUCUCUUUGGAGUGGAAAUCUCUGGGGUUAUUAUGAUGUUUUUACUUCGAGAUUCGUAGAUAUCCCAACAGAUAACAAACGUUUCGUGGUAUCUCUCCACUUCCUGUUGCAAGAGGUUAAACAGUCUAACUGCACCUAGACUUGGAUGGAAUUGACUGAAGCAAAGUGACCAGGGAGACCAUGUUUAAUGCUCAGAUUUCAAAUACCUGCAAAGAACCAAAAUUCAAUACAAGAAAAAAAAAAAAAAGUACUAAACCAGAUGGGUCCGGUGAGGGUGUUAUGCUAAUAAGAGUUAAGAAAAUGUUUUAAAGUCUUAAACCUUGAAAUUCAAAUGGCUGCAAAGACGGAGAAAUGCAGGAAGAGUUGGACCAACGAUGCUGGCUGGAACUAUUGAAACUGUCAAGCCAAAAUAGGCAGACACCUGAACAUUACCUUAGUCACCUCUUUGUAGCCACAUCUGUUGAUUUGAUGCAGUUCUGUCCUUUUUUUUAAUAGAGUGCUUAAGUGUUGUGGGGAAUUGGAACACUAUUCCUUAAAGUUUACACCCCAGCGCACAUCAUUGAAUUUCCAAAGCAAAUAGAUCUGAAGUUAAUUUGUGUUUCAGGCUCUGUUAUAAAUCAAGAAAUGAAACAGGUGUUUGGAGAAAGGGCUUGCCAAUGUGAUAUUUAAUGUUACGAAAUUCCAUGGUUUACCCCACUAAGUCUGCAUGCUAUUUUUUCAGUUUCCUAUAUGCUGUUCCCACGAUUGUACCAUGUGUUCGCCAUUUAAAUAUUUACUACAAUUUUCUUAUUUGGUAACAUUUAUAAUUAAGCCCUGUUAAUUGGUGUGAAUUUACACCUAUGGACAUUUUGCAACAUCUAGAAUUUUAGAACUGAGACAUUAAUUUAAAAAUAAAAUAUAUACUGUAUAUAUCAACAUAAUUUAGAUAUUUUAUAACAUCAUGUAAUCUAAUACACUACCAAAUUAAAAAGUCUAUCGGAAGCCAUAAUAGUAGUACAGUACAGUAUUUCAUGUUAGAUUUCGAAAUGCCACAUUUUUCAAUAUGGAAAACUACAAAGCGGUAUGUAAUUCAAUAUGUUAACGUAACAUUAUUCAGCAGGUUUCAUUCGACUUUAUGAAGCAAAAUCAGUUAAUUGUAUCGGGUGAUGCAAAACAUUUGGCCAGAGCUGUAAGCUAGAUCAGGUAACGUAUUUAUAAAGGUGUACGAGCCCGGACCAUAGGGAUCUGCCACAUAGGGAUCAGAGAUUUAUUUUAUUUUAAUGCCAAUACAUUGCUGUGCACUAGAUGCUGUUGACAAUUACUACUAUAUCAAUCCUUAUUUGAAAGCCAAGGUUUUGUAAAGCAAAUAUGUCAGUGCUGAUUUGUAUUGUUUUUGUAAAUGUUUUGAAGCUGUGCUCUGUAUGUCUCUUUUUUUCUAAUACUUUAUUAUUAUUAUUAUUAUUAUUAUUAUUAUUAUUAUUAUUAUUAUUAUUAUGUGGUUUGGUGGUUAUGAAUUUAAAAAGGCGUUUUGAAUUUAAAAUUGUCAUUUUGGUGAAGGCCUGUUUACACAAAAGCAUGUGCUACGAGCUGGAAAUAAGACUCUUCUUACUUUGCAGGGUUUUUUUUUUAACCCGUUCCAGGUUUUAAUACUGUAUAAGCUUGAUUAGCCCCAGUUUAUAGGUAACAAGCUCAGGUGUGUCUUAUUAAACUCAUAGCAAAACCAGGAAUGGGUCAAACUGCUAAGCAACGGGAGUCUUAUUUCCAUCCCUGCAUUAGAUGUGUUGCUGCAAAAUUAGUUUCAACACUGUGAAUAAAUGUUGCUGCUAUAUCACAUCCAUGGCAAAGUAUUUACAAAAUAGAGGUGAAAGGAUAAA